AAAGGACUUCUCAACUUCAAGUCUCCAUUCGCCAUCCAACACCUUCUCCCACCUAGCCAUUCAUUACAUUCAGACUCGGUCUGUGUUUCUGCAAACCCUGCCUGCAAGUAUAGCACUAUUCCGCCAUGCAACCCAGCGAUGAGAACACACAAUUCUUCACUCAUCAUCACCUUCUCCCUUCAAAUCCAAAUCACCAAUAUUAUUAUUAUCCUCCCGCCCAUCAUUUCACCUCAUCAUCAACCAACAACCCCACCACAUCCGCAUUUCCUCUGCACCAUCAUCUCCACCAGAUGGCUCAUCAACUCCAAGACUUCAAUAAUCCCCCUGCAGCAUGUUUCAUCAGCAGCAGCGGCGCCUCAACCUCGGACGAGGCGGAGGAGCAGCAGCUGAUGAACGAGAGGCGGCAGAGAAGAAUGAUCUCGAACAGGGAAUCGGCCCGGCGGUCGCGCAUGCGGAAGCAGAAGCACCUGGACGAGCUGUGGUCGCAGGUGAAUUGGCUAAGGAACGAGAACCAGCAGCUGCUGGGCAAGCUCAACCAUGUGGCCGAGAGCCACGAACAGGUGGUCCAGGAGAACGUUCACCUCAAGGAGGAAGCUUCCGAGCUUCGUCAAAUACUCACUACUGGGAUCCCUCACAUUAUUAAUAUUAAUGACCCUACUUACCCCGCCGCCUUGUGAAGCAGCGAAUCACAGUAUGGCCGGCGUGAAUAAGGAAUUCCUGUACUAUUUUCCCCUAGCUUGUCUCUUUUGUUGUUCCAAUGGCCGGAGGCCCUUCAUUAUUUUGGGUUUUCACUUCA